AUGGCAGCGCGUACGACAUUCCCAGCAUGGCCUCAGACUCAGGCGCUCUCGAGUGCUACAUUCAAGCCCCCUCCCCUCGACGGAUCGUUGACUUUACCGGAGAUCUAUGACUGGCAUUUCGAGCAUACCCCCAAUCACCGUUUAUUUGUCUUCGACAAGGAAGAUGGCACCUUGCGCACCAUCUACUGGCCUGAGGCGGUCACUGCUAUCAACGUCGGCGCGAAGAUCAUCAGGGAUCGUAUGGGAUGGAAACCCAACAUGGAGGGAUACCCAGUCGUCGCGAUCUUGUCACCAUCAGACAGCAUACCAUAUUUCACCCUGGAGAUGAGCAUCAUGCGCGCUGGUUACGUAGUUUUCCCUCUCUCCCCACGCAACUCUCCUGCCGCUAUCGCCCAUCUCGUCGUCAAAGCCAAUGUCAAGCAUAUUCUAGUUGGACGAGAGAAGGCAAUGACGGAUCUCGCGAGCAGCGCAUUCGACAUCCUGAAAGCGGAGCAUCCAUCGACCGCCCUACCGGACCUCUCGCCUAUGCUCUCGUUCGAAGAACUGUACCUACCACCUGGCGAGGGCGCCGUCAGCUCUGCGGAUAUCCCGUAUAGACCUCACGGCUCGGAUGACCCGGCGAUGCUCCUUCAUUCCUCAGGUUCAACCGCAUUCCCCAAGCCAAUCGUCUUCACGUACCGUCGAAUGUCUCAGCUGUGUCUACAACCAUAUUUCGCCGGGCGCGAUUUGGCGGAUAAGGUGUUCUCUAUGCACGUCAUGCCUAUGUUCCACGGAAUGGGAGUCUGCCUUGUGGGCUGGGCGGCAUCCUGUGGGCUAGUCCUUAGUGCUUUUCGGCCACAGACCCCUCCUCCGCCCCCGAGCCCAGAGGCACAUUUCAGAUCGGCGCAUGCUACUGAGAGCGAUAUCAUUUUCGCGGUACCUGCAAUCAUCGAGGCAUGGUCGCGAAUCCCUGAUCACAUUGCAUGGCUUGCGACUCGUAGCGGAGUGCUGUAUGGUGGCGGCCCCUUGAACAGACAAGUCGGAGACUACCUGACGUCCCAGGGGGUAUCCAUCUUCAUUCUCUAUGGCUCCACGGAAGGAUCGAUCAUGAGUCCUAUUCUGCCAGCCGAAGUGGGUUAUGACUGGGAUUACUUCAAGUUCCCCCCAUUCCUGCGUAAACGUAUGGAGCCCUUCGGCGAAAACACUUACGAGUUCGUCCUCGUGGCGAACGAGUUUUGCACCCCAGGUGUAAUCAAUACGAAGGUGGACGGAGUUGACGCCUACGCAUCAUCGGAUCUCUUCACGGAACAUCCGUCGAAGCCUGACUACUGGAAAGUGUACGGCCGAAGUGACGACCAGAUCAUACAUAGCACAGGCGAGAAGACGAACCCCGGUCCGCUAGAAAGCAUGCUCAACCAGGACCCGUAUGUCCAAUCUGCCGUCAUGUUUGGCCGAGGUCAUUUCCAGGCAGGGGUCAUAGUGGACCCCAAACCACAGUUCAAGUUCGACCCUGCUGACGAAGCUGCGCUCGCCGUCUUCCGAAACAAUAUCUGGCCGACUAUAGAGAAAAUGAAUGCUUUCGCGCCACAGCAUUCGCGGCUCUUCAAAGAGAUGAUUCUCGUCUCCAAGCCUUCAAAGCCGUUUACCUACACUGCGAAGGGUACGGCUCGGCGCCAGGCCAUCAUCAUCGAUUACGAACCAGAGAUCGAAAGACUGUACCAGGCGAUUGAAGAGAGCACGCAAUCAAGCAUUGCUGCUCCAAGACAAUGGGAUGUAGUCACGACCACCGACUUCGUCCGAGCUGUCGUUGGGAAGGUGCUCGUUCAUUCCGUGCAAGAUACAGACGACCUCUUUCAGCACGGAUGUGAUAGCUUGCAAGCGACGUGGAUACGCAACUCGCUCCUCCGUGCCCUGCGGGACUCGGCCCAGCUGGACACUCGAAAAGUCGCCAGGAACUUCGUCUACGAGUACCCGACCGUUGCCAGUCUCGCCACCUACCUAUCAAGUCUGGCCUUCGGGGCUGGGGAUGAAGACAGCGCCGACCAGUCAGAGAAAGGGCGAGUGAAGGCGAUGCGGGCGAUGGUCGAAGCCUAUAGCAAAGACUUCCCUACUCACCAGCCGUCGCCUCUCGCGACUGCGGUGCCUCGCGGACGGGACGUGGUCCUAUUGACCGGAACAACGGGAAGCUUGGGGUGCCACAUACUGGCGCAACUGAUCGCCGACCCUGGGGUUACCCAGAUAUACGCUCUGAAUAGGCCAUCGAAGAAUGGACAGAGCCUCCGCGACCGUCAGAAGGCGGCCGCCGUCGAUCGCGGCCUUGACGUUGACAUCGAUGGCAGUGGCAAGGUCACGCUGCUUGAAGCCGAUUUGACUCUCCCCCAGUUUGGGCUCACUGAUACCAAUUACCAAGAAAUGAGAAAUUUGAUUACGCAUAUCAUACACAAUGCCUGGCGCGUCGACUUCAAUCUCUCUCUAGCGUCGUUCGAGAGCAAUGUGAAGGGCUUGCGACGACUCAUCGACUUCGCUUUGUCGUCUCUCCACGCUCAGCCACCGCAGCUGACAUUCACGAGCACUAUCGGUAUUUUCCAUAAUGUACGCAACGGAGAUGUCCAGAAGGAAGACCGCAUUGAGCCUGAGCUCGCUGCCGGCAUUGGGUAUACAGAGUCGAAGUGGGUGUCGGAGGAGAUACUUCGUCAAGCGAGCGGUCAGACGGCCCUUACCACCGUCAACGUGCGGGUCGGGCAAGUCUGUGGUGGUGUUGAUGGAGCGUGGAAUGCCAGCGAAUGGUUCCCGUCUCUGGUUCAGAGCGUCGAGAAGCUGAAGUGCUUCCCAAAUGAUCCACGAGCCGUAGAUUGGAUCCAGCUCGACGUCGCUGGCGCCGCCGUGGCAGACUUCCGCAAGCUCUCUCGUUCCUCCUUCGUUCAUCUCGUGCACCCCCGUCCCGUUCCCUGGAGCGCUGUCGCAGAGACCAUCUCAGCGGAGCUUUCGGUCGACUUGGUCCCCUACGAAGAGUGGCUCGCCAAACUGGAACAGCAUGAUGCGGUGUCGGUAGACGAGCGAAACGAGGUCGAGCACCUGCGUGCGUUCCCUGCGCUACGCCUGCUCCCGUUCUUCAAGUCGAUUCCCAAGGCACUUGGAUCUCUCGCACUCGGGUUCUCUGCGCUGGAUGUCGCACAGGCUGUGAGUGCAUCUCCAACUCUGGCCAACCCGAUGUUGCGCCAAGUAGGCGAAGGAGACGUCAAGAAGUGGCUCGCAUACUGGCGCAAAGUUGGAUUGCUGACCGCCGCUUGA